ACGAGCUCGAGUGGCCGCGUCGCUGGUCGCGGCAAGCCACAAUUCGCCAGUUCUGUUUCCUCCGUCGGGUAUAUUCCACUGAACGUUCGACCCCAGCCGCACUUGCAAGGAGCCGAUCGCACUUGUGUGCAGUGCGUCUCCACACCAGAGCGUGGCCUGACGACCAGGCAAAUGACACAGAGCUUUCGAGGCACACAGAUCCAAAAAAUUCUUAUUGUUCGCCUUCGGCUGGCGUAGUCGCCGUUCAAGAGAGUCAGCUCGGGCGCAUUUUUUUCACCGCCCUGCGUCUCGACGAGAAACUUCCCUCGCUUUUCCACGUUCGGCACUGAAGUUUCGCUGCCCACGUGCGUAUCGCGCAGGCCCCUGAGGUAAACAGAAAAUUUGGUCGGUGUCGAUCAAUACACUGCAGCUUCUCUGUGAAUCUGCGCAUACCAUUUGCAUGUGUGCCCACGAAACAGGGCAACUGGACUGUCACGGGCCGAUGCUAUGCGCGAAGGUGACCAUGAGAGGUGCUUUCGGUGUAGUGAGAUUCUCGCUGCAUUGACCCAGACUUUCCACAAGUGUGAUUUUCAGUUUAGAUUAAACUUGUUGACGGUGCCCCUGCCCUGCACUUCGAGUUUUGCUGCUCAUUUCCGUUGACCCCGUCUCCGCUUUCCGAUUGUCUGUUCUGCGUCGCUGAAGCGCAGUCUAGAUCCUCGCGGGCGUCGCGAACGGGGAGGAGGCGGACUUUAUGACAGGAGUGUAUCUCGCAUGGGUGAAGUCAGCGUCUGAAAGUAUGAAGUAAAACUUGUGCUUCUGGUGGAUUUCAUUCUCGUCACUGAUGCACGGAAUAAUUUAAACGUUCGUCGUGCUGUUGGAGAUCCGAAGCAACGACCUGUGGUCGACACAGGAAGGGUCGCUUCCCAGUCGUCGUCUUGUUUAUCUCCCACAAGAAUUGUUUUUAAGCGUCCACGCGCGUUCUCUAACUGCUUCCGUCGAAAGGUGGCUCUCCUGGUCUUCGUCGGUUAUCCUGGUUUUAUCCCAAAAGAAGAAUGCGCGCGAGGCCGGAGCACAAUGAAGCGUUUCUGGUUGUGCGCGCUGCUUUCGCUGCUCGAGUUUUCAUGGGGCUGCAACUCUCUCGGUCCCAGCCUGCCGUCUUUCCAGGUCGCAGAAGGGGCAUUUUUCGGUCGCCUUCGGAACUGGUUCGGAAAGAACGCGGAGCAGAAGCCAGAGGUGCCGGUCGCUCCCGUAGCGGACGAUGACGCUGGAAGUGAGGAGGAGAGCUCCUCCCACUACGGCGUCAAGACUCUCACGGCAUCGACUACUACUACUACGACGACAACGACGACGACAACCGUGACUUCCACGAAGCCUGAGGGCGUCUGGGAGGAAGAGUAUGACUCCAUGGAGGUCCCGUACACCCCACUCCCGCCUCUCCGGGGGAUUGGGCUGCUGGGGGGUGCGAUCUUCGUCAGUCUCGCUUUCAAUUUGGGCAAACUACCUCUACUUAUGGGGGGAAUAGGUGUAGUUCAGUAUAUCAACUCGGUUGUGCAACGAAUGCACGCGCGCCGCGCCGCGGACGCCGCAUUGAGACGCUUUGAGGAUCGCCGGGAGCUCGUUCGUGCAAGAAGACGACGACGGUGGAUCCAGACGUUCUACUCCCACAACGCGUUGCAGCAAGACCGCGCGACAAGGAAGGGAGAGACACAAAACGAGGAAAGCAAUGCAACUCUAGCCAACAGCUCAACGGGUAAAGGCGACGGCGGGACUGCAGGAAGCGAGGCGCCGCCUCGCGGGAUACAUGCAGACGCUGCGUCAGAAAGGACAUGGAACACUGGUGGAAAAAAGGGCUCGCUUCAUGAUAGUGGUCUUCACGCCGAAGGCAGCGACAAACGUACAAACCCUUCUGAGACUCGAGAGGUCCCGAAAACGCGGCUCAGGAAACCAACGGAAAGGAACACCAAAGCACAGGUGAAGAAGAAGACCCCGAGGGAGAACCUCCCGGAAUUCGAUAGAAACUGAAGAAAACGGUGCGCGGAAGGCGGCGUCCAGAGUAAACUGGAAUCAACGGAGACAGCCUAAGACUAUGUGCAGCACUCUGUUACAUGGAAAAGCGAACCGCUCGCAGAUUAUGGGGAGUGCGCAACUGCGGGUAUCCAGAUUAACCCGACGAACUUUCCACCCAUUCUGCUGAGGAACGUCUUCCGCAUCUGUUUAGGUCAGCAGUGUGCGUUUCACGCAGUUGAGAAGAGACCGGGGGGACGAAAAAGAAUCGCCUUUUGCGUGAUGUGCCACCUCAUAGGCUGACUUCUUUCCAACGACCUCUUGUACAUCCACAGCGAUUGACAGGGAGGUGGCGUAAGCGGCAGCUGGCCGUGGAUCUGAGAAAACGGUAACUGGAGGCAACAAAGUGUUGGAGGAGUCUAGAUAGCCCAGGAAGGCGCUGAGAGGAUCUGAAGAUAUCCGUUUCCGUGAUUCUAACAAAGCAGGAGAAGGCGCCUCCGUUAAUCCUUUAUAGGACACUUAGCCGUCUGGGGCCGUUCGGCAGUCUCGUCCCCAGAAAGCAAAUUUGAGGCGUGGCGACUUCGAUUUGUGUAUGGAAUCGAAAGCGCCAGCCGGAGAGCUGACACAAAGCCACUGCUACUGCGUACUAGAGCAAUAGUGUUUUUGCAAAUCGCGGAAAUGCAUGAACAGAGACCGUGGGUCUGCCCUACAGUGGCAAGUUCCACCUGUACGGGUUUUUCACAGGGACGCCUGGUUUCGCUAAAGAAGACUCUCGAACUUUUGGGGGUCUGUUUCGCGUGUGCCAAUGAAUGCGUCUUGCUUUUGUCCGUUGACUUAGGUCUCGCACCUGGUGUUGUCCUAACGUCUCCAUUUCUACGCCUCGCAGCGCAAGAGUGUCACUAGUGUGGCGGCCGCGGAGUGUGCAGUGAGCAGAUUUCGUUAGUGAUGUGCCGUCUGUCGCUACGCUUGGCUGCGGAGGAGGUUUUUCAUUUACGUACUCGCGAUGGUUCUUCUUCAGUGAGGCGUUUCGCGCGCGAGACCGUUUGCAUAUGUUGUUCCUGCCUUUAACGUCCAUGUUUGUUUUGCCGCGGACCGCAUGUGCAAGCGACAAAGAGUGGAAGGCUCUGCACGAGCGUUCCGUUACAGGGGUCUGUUUUCCUGUGAGGCGUCAACUUGCCUAGCAUGUGCCGUGAAACGAGGAGCGGAAGCCAGACAAGCAGCUCACGUUCACUUCGGGACCGCUCCGAAGUUUGACGAACAGGUAGAGUAUCUGUGUAAAAGGAACGGGGAGAACAGGCAGAAAACUGUGCUGUCAUGCCUUGCAGACUUCCCAUGUAGCAACACUACGUUGAUUCAUGCCUGUCGCUGUUGAGAACUCACCAACAUGCGCAGAGGUCUGCUUGCUCCAAAUCAGUGCACUCGCGACCAGAACCCCGGAACAACUGUGAUAAAAACAAACAGUUCA